ACACCACAGGGUUGCUUGUCAACUACCAUUAAACCAAAGAAGAAGAAUAAUACGAAGGAGUAGAAAGCAAAAUGGCGUUUGACGGAGAAGGAAUAAAUGUGGCCACUGGCCAUUAUUGUUUCUCUAUUUGUAUUUAGUGCAUACAUGUACGCAUAUAUGUCGUGUAGUAGAUGAAACAUUGUUAGACAUUGUUUGUAUCCGGAUACAUUAGUCUGAGCGCACUUUAUCGCGUCUUGUGCUAGUUAGCUUAGCUUGUUAGCUGCUAACAAAGAGACGCGGACGUUAUCAACACGUCGCUAAGUAGAGAUCAAAUGUGAAUGUAAAGUGUUGUGAUUGUGUGAAAAUGUGAAAAAGAAUGAUAGCAAAGUAUGAGGAGGAACUUUGUCCAACAAAAGAGGAGAAGGAGCGACAACAUCAACUACUGGACGCUGUUUUCAAGAAACAUCAAGUUGUGUUACACAGAACAGACGUCCAGCAGCCCCCCCACAUUAAAGAGGCAGAGGGGGAAGUGUGUAUCACUCAGGAGGGAGAGUGUCUUCUAGGACAGGAGGAGGCUGAUCUCACCAAGUUUCCCCUGACUGUUGUCUCUGUGAAGACUGAAGAGCAUGAAGACAAACCACCUGAGUCUUCACAGCUUCAUCACAGUCCAAACGUCCAGCAGGUGUCAGCAGAGAGUCAUGAAGAGAUUCCCUCCAAGCAGCAGGAGUGGAGCUCUAGUGUGGGACAGAAGGAGCUACAGGCCCCCUCUCACAUUAAAGAGGAAGAGGAGGAACUGUGGGAGCAGCUUCAAAGGUUGGAGGAGGCAAAUAAUGAAGAUGAAGCUCAGUCCUUACAGCUUCAUCACAGUCAAAGUGAGGAGAACAGAGGGGCGGAGCUUGUAAGUCAGCACAUCACAGAAGCUGAUGGAGAGCAUUGUGAAGAUAUAAAGUCAGAACCAGACAGCAUUUUUGCUCCACUGUCAGACAUGGACCACAUGAUGUCAGACUCUUCUGAUCACAGUGACCACAUCCAAAAACCUUUGGAGACUAAAAAUGACUCUAAAGAUGAUACAAGACAUCACACUAACAACAAACACUUUGACUGCUCUGAAUGUGGGAAAUCAUUUAGACGGAAGAGUAAUUUUACAGUACACAUGAGAAUACAUAAAGGAGAGAAACAUUUUUCUUGCUCUGUUUGUAAGAAGAGUUUCUCCACAAAGCUUAUCAUGACCAGACACAUGAGAACACACACUGGAGAGAAACCUUUUACUUGCUCUGUUUGUAAGAAGAGUUUCUCCAUAAAGGAAAGCGUGACCAGACACAUGAGAACACACACUGGAGAGAAACCUUUUCUGUGCUUAGUUUGUCCCAAAAGAUUCUCCAUGAAUGACCAAAUGAAAAGACACAUGAGAACACACACUGGAGAGAAACCUUUUCUGUGCUCAGUUUGUCCCAAAAGAUUCUCCAUGAAUGACCAAAUGAAAAGACACAUGAGAACACACACUGGAGAUAAACCUUUUACUUGCUCUGUUUGAAGGAAGAGGUUCCCCAGAAAGCUUGACAUGUCCACGCACAUGAGAACACAUACUGGAGGGAAACCUUUUACUUGCCCUGUUUGUAAGAAGAGUUUCUCCACAAACCUUGUCAUGACCAGACACAUGAUAACACACACUGGAGAGAAACUGUUUAGUUGCACUGUGUGUGUUAAAAGGUUCAGGUUUAAGAAUCAGGUCAGUGAGCAUAAGUGUGUAACAGUCAUGGAAGCUGCAGGGAUUUAAAAACACUUAAACAGUGAUUGUGCUAAAUGUACUUUAAAAACACAUCAAGUUUAAUAUAAUAUGAAUGUAUAUUUGAUGUUGCAUGUAGUGCUUCUCAUCUUCUACUGUUAUAUGUUGUCCUGUGCUUUCUUUUUAAAGGCCUUCUGAAACCCACUACUACCCACCACGUAGUCUGAUAGUUUUUAUAUCAAUGAUGAACUAUUAACAUUGUAACACAUGCCAAUACGGCCUUUUUAGUUUACUAAAUUGCAAUUUUAAAUAUACCGGGAGUUUUUUCUUGAAAACGUCACGUAAUGAUGACGUGUAUGCUUGACGUCACGGGCUGUUCGGAAAUAUGAGCGCUGCACACACACACAGCUAAAAGUCGUCUGCUUUAACCGCAUAAUUAUACAGUAUUUUGGACAUCUGUGUUGCUGAAUCCUUUGCAAUUUGUUCAAUUAAUAUUGGAGAAGUCAAAGUAGAAAGAGGGAGUUGGGAAACUUCAGCCUUUAGCCACACAAACACACGGUGAUUCCUUGUUUAAAAUUCACGGAGUUGAAACUUUGCUAUGGAUCACAGCAAACAUGGAUCCCAACCGAAUGUCAACCAGCAGGUUUCGGUGAGAAAAUUGUGGUAAAAAGUCACUUCUUAACGGAUAUCAGCUGAGCUUGUGCCACCCAUACAGCUGCCGUGGACUUCCCUGAGACACUGCGCGUCAACACACCCGUGGACGUACACCUCCGACUAUCAGGUACUGUUAAACUCACUAAAACACUAGGAACACAAUAGAAAGAAAAGGGAUUUCCCAGAAGUAUCCUAGUAAAUGUGUCUAAAAACAUCAGAAUCCGUCCCAAUGCAACCGCGUUUAUUUAUUUUCUGUAACUUUUUUUUUUUUUUUCUAGUUCGUCGCUAUCAAUAUCCUCAAACAUGAAUCUUUCAUCCUCGCUCAAAUUAAUGGGGAAAUUGUCGUUUUCUCGGUUCGAAUAGCUGUUUUUGUUGGAGGCUCCCAUUAAAAUCAAUGUGAAUAUGUGAAGACCCAUCAACAUGGGACCUCAUCGUCUGCAACUUCCGGUAGAGGCAGUGCUUUUCUCUUAGCACCGAAAGUUGAGAACUUUAUCGUGGAUGUUCUCUACUAAAUCCUUUCAACAAAAAUAUGGCAGUAUCGCGAAAUGAUCAAGUAUGACACAUAGAAUGGACCUGCUAUCCUUGUUUUAAUGAGAAAAUCUCAUUUCAGCAGGCCUUUAAAGGGGAACAUUAUCACAAUUUCAAAAGGGUUAAAACCAAUAAAAAUCACUUCCCAGUGGUUUGUUUUAUUUUUUCAAGAUUUUUUCAAAAUUUUACCCGUCCCGGAAUAUCCCUGAAAAAAGAUUUAAAGUGCCUUAUUUUCGCUAUCUUCGAAGACACUAUCCAUUUUACUGUGAUGUCAUACAGUGCUGCCAAUGUAAACAAACAAUGGCGAAUAGCACAGCAAGAUAUAGCGACAUUAGCUCGGAUUCAGACUCGUAUUUCAGCGGUUUAAGCGAUUCAACAGAUUAUGCAUGUAUUGAAACGAAUGGUUGGAUUAUGGAGGCGGAUAGCGAAAACAAAAUUGAAGAAGAAACUGAAGCUAUUGAGCGAAUAGCUAUUGACGCUAUUCGGCCAUAGCAUGGCCGAAUAGUGUCAAUAGCAUCGCCGGUAAAAUGUGCGGACCAAACGUUUAGGACUUUCGCAUCUUGUAACACUGGAGCUACUUAAAUCCGUUGAUUGGUAAGUGUUUUUUUCGCAUUAUUUGUGGGUAUCUAGUUUCAAAUGUACAUACAGCUAGCCUAAAUAGCAUGUUAGCAUUGAUUAGCUGGCAGUCACGCCGCGACCAAAUAUGUCUGAUUGGCACAUAAGUCAACAACAUCAACAAAACUCACCUUUGUGAUUUUGUUGACUUUAUUGUUGCAAAUGCAUCUGCAGGUUAUCCAUACAUCUCUGUGCCAUGUCUGCCUUAGCAUCGCCAGUAAAAUGUGCAGACACUCCGGCACAUUCAAUGGAGGGUCUGGUGGCAUAUUUCUUUCCACUUUCGCAUAUUUGGGCCAGUGGUGCAACUUGAAUCCCUCCCUGUCAGUGUUGUUGCACCCUCCGACAACACACCGACGAGGCAUGAUGUCUCCAAGGUUCCAAAAAAUAGUCAAAAAAACGGAAAAUAACAGAGCUGAGACUCGGUGUUUGUAAUGUGAUUGAGAAAAUGAAAAUGGAGGCUUUAUUACCUAGGUGACGUCAUGUUCUGACGUCAUCGCUCCAUGAGCGAUAAACAGAAAGGCGUUUAAUUCGCCAAAAUUCACCCAUUUAGAGUUCGGAAAUCGGUUGAAAAAAUAUAUGGUCUUUUUUCUGCAACAUCAAGGUAUAUAUUGACGCUUACAUAGUUCUGGUGAUAAUGUUCCCCUUUAAGUUGUGUACAUAUGUUGUGUGCAUAUUAUUGUAUUCUAUUUUCUCAUUUGUUUAUUUUUCACACAUUUUUUCCAUUGCAUUUUUUUGAUGUU